AUGUCUGAUCAAAAGCCUUUGCCAUUCGUCUACCAGUUCAUGGCUGGUGCCGUUGCUGGUGUUUCCGAAAUUUUGGUGAUGUAUCCUUUGGAUAUGGUCAAGACCGUUAUGCAAUUGCAGGUUUCUGGCGGUUCCGGUCCCCAAUACAAAGGUGUUUUCGACUGUUUGAAGCAAAUCGCUGCUAAGGAAGGACCAUCCCGUCUUUACAAGGGUAUCUCAUCUCCAAUUCUAAUGGAAGCCCCAAAGAGAGCUACCAAGUUUGCUUGUAACGAUGAAUUCCAAAAAAUUUACAAAGACUUGUUCGGUGCCGAGAAGUUGACCCAACCAUUAUCUAUUUUGUCCGGUGCUUCUGCUGGUAUUUGUGAAUCGUUCGUCGUUGUGCCAUUCGAAUUGGUCAAGAUUAGAUUACAGGAUGUCUCUUCCAAGUUCACCAGUCCAAUCGCUGUCGUUAAGAAUAUCGUCGAAAAGGAAGGUAUAUUGGCGAUGUACAAUGGGUUAGAAUCUACUAUGUGGAGACAUGGUAUCUGGAAUGCAGGUUAUUUCGGUAUCAUUUUCCAAGUCAGAGCUCUUUUGCCAAAGGCUUCUACCAAAUCUGAACAAACCAGAAACGAUUUGUUAGCUGGUACCGUAGGUGGUACUUUAAGUUCUCUAUUGUCUACUCCAUUCGACGUUGUUAAAUCAAGAGUUCAAAACACUGCCGUCAUCCCUGGUGUCCCAAGAAAGUACAAUUGGAGUUGGCCAGCUUUGGCUACCAUCUACAAGGAAGAAGGUUUCAAGGCUCUAUAUAAGGGUUUCGUUCCAAAGGUCUUGAGAUUGGGUCCAGGUGGUGGUAUCCUAUUGGUGGUUUUCACCGGUGUCAUGGACUUCUUCAGAACUGUCCAUGAAAAGAAAUGA